AUGGACGUUCCCACUUUCAUAUAUUCGAAUUAUUCGAACACGAAGAUUGAAGUCCGGGAUGAGCCGAUUCACGUGUGGCAGUUCGCUUUUGAUUUGCGUGAAGUACCGGGAGCUAGCGACGAAGUCGUGGUGUUGUACCAUUACACUGACGAAACUUGUUUCAGGAACGUGGGAAACUUGAAGCAGACCGCGACCGAACUUUGGGCGUCCCUUGUGUACGAGCGAGCGCACUUCGGCCUGGGGAUCUACGCGACGCAGCACGAGCCUGCGGUCUGGGGCAAUCGUAUGAGAGUCCUGCUCAACAACUACAGCAAUGGCGAUCCGCUUCGCGAAGACCCACUAUCGGACGAUGGGCAGAAGAGGGACAGCCAGUGGGGAUCAGGCCGAGGAGAAGGGCACCGGGCGGCUUACUGUGUACCUCUUAUAGUUCCCAAGAACUUUGCCUACAAUGUUCAUACGACUCCGACUCCUGACAUGGCCGAGCUGGGAAUCCCCGCAGGCUACGACUACCAGAUGCGGCCUCUGCAUGAAAACCGAGAUGUUUGGAUAGUUCGCCUUGCAGAUGAUGAGAAGCUGCAUGCCAUCAUGCCAUACGUCAGCCUGUUGGGACUCCUGGAGAAGCGUGUGGCUGACUUGCAGCAAAACGAGCCCACGAGCGAUGCCACCCUUGAAUGGAUGGCUGAGAUGUCUUUCUGGCUCAGAGCCCAAGACAGGACUGACCAUGCCGACCAGCUUCUGCAAGACGUUCUGGCGCGCAAUGAGAAGAGAAGUACCCGGCACCCCCGAACCGACGCAUGGACUUCUGAAUUGAAGAACGCGAAGCUCUUCGGCUUGGACAGCAUGUUGUCUGACAUUGGCGGCCGCCUGGCUGGCCGGGCUGGCGCAGGCAACACAAGCAGCGCAUGCGCCGCCCUCGCAGUGUCAGGCUCGAAGGUCGAGACAGCCGAGGUUAUUUCAAGCUCGCAUGAAGCAUCCGACCUGGCAAAGGGCUCCGACAAGUUUGUGCAUUUCGGAAUCCUGUGCGAUGGGCCCUGCAAGGCCAAUCCGAUUGUUGGAGCCCGAUUUCAAAGUGAGGUGCGUGAGAACUUUGACCUGUGCGAGGAGUGUUUCGUCAAGGCGCUGGAGCACGGGGAGGCUGAGAAGGACUUCCUUCGCAUCGACGACACUUGGGCAGGGGUAAGGAUGAUGGGUCCCGCGGGCGAUGCAUCAGUACAUGCUGCGCUGCGCACGGGUUUCCACAUAGAGCCUUUCCGGGCGAGAUGGCGUGAGACCGAGAAGGAAGGCAAGAAAACCUACCAGGAACACUUCGACUUGUGUGCAGGGCUCGGGGUGGCCGGGUGUGGGUCCCUACUCCUAGCACACCGAUCUUUGCUGGGAAACGCCUUGAUCAUGCAGGGGCGUCUCACGGAUGCGAGGCACGAGUACGAGGACAUCUUGAGCAAGCAACGGAAAGCUCUAGGCCCCAGGCACCCUGACACCAAUGAUACCAUGGACAUGUUAGGCAGGGUUCUGGUCCGACUUGGUCAUUUGAGUGAUGCGGAAGCCUGCUACAGGGAGUCUUUGCAAAGCCGCAGGGAGAGGCUGGGUGAGUGGCACGCUGAUACUCUUGGAACCAAAUACGGCUUGGUACAAAUUCUGGUGUCUCCAUGCAUUCAGCAGUUCAAAGAAGCGGAGGCCCUGUGUGAGGACAUCAUCCGCGGACAUGAAAGCCAUGGCAACACAUCAGACGCAGCUGCGGUAAAGCUCAUGCUGGCAGAGGUGCAGCAGGCCCAAAGCUGUCCAGAAGCUGCUCAGCGCCUACAGCUUUCAGCAGCCGCUUCCAUCGCAGAGGUCAUCGGAUCGGCGGACGUCGCCAAGUGGCUGUGCGAAGGCUAA